CCUCAGACACCCGCAUCCAUCCUCUGCCUCUGCCACCCGCCAUCGCCGCACAACUCCCGCCGCCUUCCCGCCCUCUCCGUCUUCCAAAACAGCAUCACCGACGCCGUCGAAAUGGCCACCGAGGAUGACAGCAAGACCUUCCUGGCCCGCCUCUGCGAGCAGGCCGAGCGCUACGAUGAGAUGGUCACCUACAUGAAGGAGGUGGCCCAGCUCGGCGGUGAGCUCAGCGUCGACGAGCGCAACCUCCUCAGCGUCGCCUACAAGAACGUCGUCGGCACCCGCCGUGCCUCGUGGCGCAUCAUCUCCUCCAUCGAGCAGAAGGAGGAGUCCAAGGGCUCCGACAAGCACGUUGCCACCAUCAAGGAGUACCGCAGCAAGAUCGAGCUCGAGCUCGAGAAGGUCUGCGAGGAUGUCCUCAACGUCCUGGACACUAGCCUCAUCCCCAACGCCGCCACUGGCGAGUCCAAGGUCUUUUACCACAAGAUGAAGGGUGACUACCACCGCUACCUUGCCGAGUUCGCCUCUGGCGAGAAGCGCAAGGUCGCUGCCACUGCCGCUCACGAGGCCUACAAGAACGCUACCGACGUUGCCCAGACCGAGCUGACUCCCACUCACCCCAUCCGCCUGGGUCUCGCCCUCAACUUCUCCGUGUUCUACUACGAGAUCCUCAACUCCCCCGACCGUGCUUGCCACCUUGCCAAGCAGGCCUUCGAUGAUGCCAUCGCCGAGCUCGACUCCCUCUCUGAGGAGUCCUACCGCGACAGCACUCUCAUCAUGCAGCUCCUGCGUGACAACCUGACCCUGUGGACUUCAUCCGACAGCGGUGAGGCCGAGCAGGCCGGCGAGGCCAAGAAGGACGAGGGUGAAGCGGCCAAGCCUGCCGAGGAAGAACCCAAGGCUGAGGAGCCCGCUCCCGAGGCUACUUCCUAAAUCCUUCUUACCUCUGUCGCGCUCAAAACUCGGCACAAGAACCGAGGGUCGUUUUUAAACUCGUUUUGUUUUAUAUCUGGAUGCUCUCGCCCCGCCCUUUCAACAUGGCGAUAGAUGGAAUCAUGUUGGAGGGCUGGCCUAGCAGACGCAGCACCGGUACGCAUGCGCGUUGCUUCUCUGGUUUGAGGGGAGAGUGGUCAUGGAACUUCGGAUUUGUUUUCGGUUAGGGAAAUUAGGAGAGACGGUUGGCGCAGGGUGAUUGUCCGUUAUUACUGCCUGUUGAUCCGGUGACGGAACCCGUCUGGUGUGUUCGCUGCUGAAUGAUGGACGCUUCUGUUGCCCUCUUUCGCCUCCACCGCCCCUCUACCCAACGUGCCCGGUAUUCGUUCCCCUGUUUAUGUUUGUUUUGACGCUAUCACCUACCUAGUUUACAUCUGGUCCCGGUCUUGGUGGAUCACUAUGGAAAUGUUGUUUUCCCAUCUGAUGUCGUCGUUUUCUCUCUCUCUCGCAAUAUGCUGCUUGCUUUUUUGUUGUGUCUUCACGUGUCGUCUUUGGUCUCUCUUUUUCUUUUCCCCCGACCCCUCCUCGACCCCUCUUCACCACAAGUGGUCUUACAAUCCCGUGCCCAUGUUGGUGUCGCCCCGCAGGGAGGGGAGGGAAGACGAGAGAACAAAGGAACGUCUGAAGAUGAUGACAGCAGCAAUUCCCCCCCCAUUGAAAAAAUGGCAAAAGAAAUUUCAAUUUCAA